AUGGACCAAGAGCAACCAUUUGAUCCCGACAUUAGCGCUCAGCUAUACAACCGGAUCAUCUGCAUCGGGCUUGGCGGAGCUCAACGAUCCCUCCGUGGACGCCGUCUCCAAACAAACUGGUUCAAUACCUGGGUUGCUCAUCCAGAAGCCGCACCGUACGUACCUCAGUGGCUGACGCGAUUUCCCGCGCCAAUUUCCUCAUUCCUAGAACAAAUCUAUCUGGUCAUAGACACCCACGGCGUGCCCGUGGCCAUAUCACCGCCAACCCGUCUCCAACCGGUGGAAAUUGAGGAUUUGGAUGACUGCGUGUUGCUUUUGGGCAGUAACCUCAGCACCAUGACGGAUUCCAUCGGGCUGGUUAUGGAUGUUUCGGAUCUGCGUGUGUCGUAUAUACAUGACCGGCUGGACUGGGAUGAGAAUGAGAACCAACCAUGGUAUAGUUUCCAGCUCUUCCUUGAACGACUGAAUGCCAUUAUUGACGUGGGGAAGUACCGGCCCGUCCCGCCAGACAACGACAUCGUGGUCCCGUGGAAUGAUUGGGUUUUAAAGCAGAGCGUUGAGGCAUUCGAUGCGCUUGUUAAGGCGAUUGAGGCUCGUCUUCCCCAGGAGACAUCACACGAUAGAUUACGGCAACCAAUCGCGACGCAGGAGACGCUGAAUCCCGCCGUCAACGGAUUCCCUCGAGCAUUCCUGCUGCGAGCUACGAAGCCACACUUCAAAUACAUCACCCCGGGAAUAAAAGUCUGCGAUACAGAAAUGCCGCCUCCCCAAAUAGAGAUCCAUCAUCCCAGCCGGGGAGAUCCGGUGUUCCGCACCCCGUACUAUCGUGAGUUCAACGGUACCCCAGCUGUCUCAGACGCGAUUAUUCUCUUCCCCGCGGCCGAGGCUCGGUAUAGAGAGCGUCAGGUCGGACUCUGGGGACAGGGGAGCUGUCCGUUUUAUGUGGAUCAUGACACGAGACUGGUUAGUUUACUGCGGAAAUGGACGGAGCUUGUUGAUGAUGGGGUCUGGACGGUAGGUGAGGAUGGGGUUGAAGGAGGGAUGGAGUUUUACCGGCAAGCUGAAGACCCCGAGAAGACGGAUUGGUUUGUGUUGAGGGAGGAAUGCUUUGAUUUGGGGUGGAUUGCGUGCCACACCACGAUUUCUUGAAUGAGAGCAUUUCCCGUGCCCCCACUGAGCUAGCCAUCCGAGAAGCUUAUCAUGCGAAGGCACCCUCGAAAAUGGUAGGGCAAGACAAUCAAUGGUCGCCAGCUGCUCGUCGAGAUUUCCUGGCUUUCCCAUUUCCGUAAGGACCGCCGUGAAGUUCUCAAAUGCUAGUCCUAUCGAUAAGAAUAUCGAAUCUGGAGAGGAAGAAGAAGAAAGGAAGCUGUCUGGUGAGACAAAGGAAAACUGUCAACUACAAUGCUCAGUACAAUAUCUUAGGCACUAUUCAGAGUGAAUAGAAGGAGAAUUUGAGAAAAC